AUGAAGGUCUUCUCCUCGACUUGCACUUUCGAUUAUUCUUGGGAGGAGGUUACGACAGCAAAUUGGCGCAAAUACUGUCCUUGGAAUGACAAGUCUACCCAUGUUGUGGCGGUAGAUACACUCUCAAGAUCAGUCGACCCGAUGACAGGCAUUUUGCGUACAGAGCGCCUUAUUACAUGCCACCAAUCAGUGCCGCAAUGGGUUCUCUCAUUGUUUGGAGGAAGCCCAACAUCCCAUGUCUAUGAAAUAUCUUACGUCGACCCGGGCUCGAAAAAGGUCACCAUGUGUUCCACAAAUCUCACUUGGUCCAACGUUCUGAAUGUCAAAGAAACUGUCACAUAUCAACCAUCAUCAUCGAAGCCCGAUUCGGUCACAGACUUUAGUCAAGAGGCAAAAAUAACUGCUCUCUGUGGUGGUUGGCAGAAGAUCAAGAACAAAGUUGAGGAGGCCAGUGUCGAAAGAUUCAGUCAGAAUGCGAAGAGGGGGAGAGAGGGGUUCGAAACAGUCCUCGAGAUGAGUCGCAGAGUCUUUGGUGAGCAACGUGACUUUGAGAACAAGAAGUUGCAAUCCUAA